GCACAUACAGAUCAAUGGCGGUGAAGAGCAAAGUUUUGAUCAUUGGGGGGACUGGGUACUUGGGGAAGAGACUGGUGAAGGCCAGUUUAGAACAAGGUCACGAGACAUACGUUCUCAAAAGACCAGAGAUCGGUGUCGAUAUCGAGAAAAUCCAGAUGUUGCUGUCCUUCAAGAAGCAGGGAGCUCGACUUGUCACCGCUUCGUUUGAUGAUCAUCGUAGUCUUGUUGAGGCCGUGAAGCAGGUCGACGUCGUGAUAUGUGCAGUGUCUGGUGUGCAUAUCCGUAGCCAUCAAAUCUUGCUUCAGCUUAAACUUGUUGAUGCCAUCAAAGAGGCUGGCAACAUUAAGAGGUUUUUGCCAUCUGAGUUUGGUACCGAUCCAGCAAGAAUGGGCAAUGCAAUCGAACCAGGACGAGUGACCUUUGACGACAAAAUGGUGGUGAGAAAAGCUAUCGAAGAUGCCAAGAUCCCUUUCACGUACGUAUCUGCGAAUUGCUUCGCUGGUUACAUGGUUGGAGGGUUGUGUCAACCCGGCCACAUUCUUCCUUCGCGGGAAUCCGUUGUCUUGAUGGGAGAUGGCAAUCAAAAAUCGAUAUUUGUUGAUGAAGACGACAUAGCAAAAUAUGCAAUCAAAACGAUAGAUGAUCCCCGCACUCUUAACAAGACGGUCUAUCUGAGACCUCCGGUGAACAUUCUUUCGCAAAGGGAAGUCGUGGAACUCUGGGAGAAGCUCAUCGGUAAACAACUCAACAAGUCAUCUCUCUCCGAACAAGAAUUUCUCAACAUCAUGAAAGGUGAAGGGUAUGCCGAACAGGUGGGGUUAACUCAUUACUACCAUAUCUUUUACCAUGGAUGCCUUACAAAUUUCGAGAUCGGAGAUGAUGCUGAAGAAGCUUCUCUUCUUUAUCCCGAUAUCAAAUACACUAAAAUGGAUGAUUACCUGAAGCAGUACCUUUGAUCGAUCUACUCCUGAAUCACUUCAAAUCCACGAAUAUGUGUUGUCUGUGUCAUAUCCUGCAUAAAUCUGAACAAGCUCAGAUAUUUUCUGUGUCCAGACUUGUUUUAUGUAUUUUCAUCCACUUAAUUACAAGGGUGGUGUUAUAUAUUGACUUAAUCGGAUCUAUAUUGAUUAUAUGAAGUUCUUUCAUUA